GAUGUAUAUAAGGUGUUCAUGAAAAAAAGAAAAAAGAUUAUUGAGUUUGAUUAUCCCUUCUCUUUCUGGAAAGAAGUGCUAUAAGUAACAGUGGAAUGAGCAGAAUCUGUGUUGAUUCUUAAGCCCGUUUUAGCACUUGUUUUGCUUCCAGUACUAACAAUUCCAGAAGGCAAUGAGAGCAUCACAGACUCUGUUUCUUUUGCUUUGGUUCUUCUGCAUUUAUGCCUCUACUUCGUUUUCCGCAAAUGUCACUUACGACCAUAGAGCAUUGGUCAUUGAUGGCAAGCGCAGAGUCUUGGUCUCUGGUUCUAUCCAUUACCCUCGUAGCACUCCAGAGAUGUGGCCAGACCUCAUUCAAAAGUCCAAAGAUGGAGGACUUGAUGUUAUUGAGACUUAUGUUUUCUGGAACUUACACGAACCGGUUCAAGGCCAGUAUAAUUUUGAAGGUAGGGCAGAUUUGGUUAAAUUUGUGAAGACAGUAGCAGCAGCAGGCCUAUACGUGCAUCUCCGGAUUGGUCCAUACGCAUGUGCUGAAUGGAACUAUGGCGGUUUCCCUCUUUGGCUACAUUUUAUACCAGGAAUUCAAUUCCGAACUGAUAACAAACCAUUUGAGGAAGAAAUGAAGCGGUUCACCGCUAAAAUUGUAGAUAUGAUGAAGCAAGAGAACCUCUAUAUGUCACAGGGAGGACCUAUUAUUUUGUCUCAGAUUGAAAAUGAGUAUGGGAACAUUGAUGCGGAUUAUGGUCCAGCUGCUAAAUCCUAUAUCAAAUGGGCAGCAUCAAUGGCAACAUCUCUUGAUACAGGGGUUCCUUGGGUAAUGUGCCAACAGCUAGAUGCUCCUGACCCAAUUAUUAACACAUGCAAUGCAUUUUACUGUGACCAAUUCCAACCGAAUUCUAAGGCAAAACCAAAAAUAUGGACGGAGGGUUAUACUGGAUGGUUUCUUGCAUUUGGUGAUGCUUUACCUCACAGACCUGUGGAAGAUCUUGCAUUUGCUGUGGCACGCUUUUUCCAACGAGGGGGAACUUUCAACAAUUACUAUAUGUACCAUGGAGGGACAAACUUUGGCCGGGCUUCUGGUGGGCCUUUUGUUGCUAGUAGUUAUGAUUAUGAUGCUCCAAUUGAUGAGUAUGGAACUAUUAGACAGCCUAAGUGGGGCCACCUUAAAGACUUGCAUAAGGCCAUUAAACUUUGUGAAGAAGCACUGAUAGCUACUGAUCCAACAAUUACAUCUCUUGGACCAAAUAUAGAGGUUGCAGUUUACAAGACUGGAGCUGUGUGUUCCGCUUUCCUUGCCAACAUUGCCACAUCUGAUGCAAAAGUGACCUUCAAUGGAAAUUCAUAUCACCUGCCCGCAUGGUCUGUGAGCAUCCUACCAGACUGCAAGAAUGUAGUGCUUAAUACUGCAAAGAUAAAUUCUGCAUCUGUGAUUUCAAGCUUUACAACUGAAUCUUUAAAAGAUGUUGGCUCGUUGGAUGAUUCUUACUCGGGAUGGAGUUGGAUUAGUGAACCUAUAGGUAUUUCAAAGGCUGAUUCAUUCUCAAAAUUUGGGUUGCUGGAGCAAAUAAAUACAACUGGUGAUAGAAGUGAUUAUUUGUGGUACUCAUUAAGCAUUGAUCUUGAUACUGAUACUCAAGCUGUCCUUCACAUUGAAUCCCUUGGUCAUGCUCUUCGUGCUUUCAUAAAUGGGAAACUUGCAGGGAGUGGAAUGGGCAACCAUGAGAAAGCUAACGUCAAAGUAGACAUCCCCAUCACUCUAGUGGCUGGGAAGAAUACAAUUGAUCUCCUGAGUUUAACUGUGGGACUUCAGAACUAUGGAGCUUUUUUUGACACAUGGGGUGCAGGGAUCACUGGCCCUGUGAUAUUAAAAGGUUUGAAAAAUGGCAGCUCUCUGGAUCUGUCCUCCCAUAUGUGGACAUAUCAGAUUGGUAUUAAAGGUGAAGAUUUAGGUCCAUCUGGUGACAGUUCUGGACAGUGGAAUUCACAAUCUACCCUACCUGUACACCAACCCUUCAUUUGGUACAAGACAAACUUCUUUGCUCCCUCUGGUAGCAAUCCAGUUGCAAUUGACUUCACAGGGAUGGGAAAAGGUGAGGCUUGGGUGAAUGGACAGAGCAUUGGACGAUACUGGCCUACGUAUGCCUCUCCAAGCGGUGGUUGUACUGAUUCGUGCAAUUAUAGAGGGUCCUAUCAAGCAUCCAAAUGCCUCCAGAACUGUGGAAAGCCAUCACAGACAUUAUACCAUGUACCAAGAUCAUGGUUACGACCUCAAGGCAACACACUAGUACUGUUUGAGGAAAGUGGAGGCAACCCUAAGCAAAUCAGUUUUGCUACAAAACAGAUAGGAAGCGUGUGUUCUCAUGUAUCUGAAUCUCACCCUCCACCUGUAGACUUAUGGAAUUCUGACGCAGAAUCAGGAAGAAAAGUAGGGCCUGUACUGUUACUGGAAUGCCCUUAUCCUAAGCAGGUGAUCUCUUCCAUCAAAUUUGCUAGUUUUGGAACACCACAGGGGACUUGUGGAAACUUCAAACACGGACGCUGCAGCAGCAAUAAGGCUCUAUCCAUUGUGCAGAAGGGCUGCAUAGGAUCAAGCAGUUGUAGAAUUGAACUAUCAAUUAAUACGUUCGGAGAUCCAUGUAAAGGAGUAGCAAAGAGUUUAGCUGUUGAAGCUUCUUGUGCAUGAACUUGUUGCUUCACACCCAUUUAUUAUAUUGGACUUGGCUGAAUAACACUCAGCACUUUCCCAUGUCUCUGACACUCGUCGAAGAUGAUUCCUCAUUGGCCAUUGUAAAAAGGCCUUCUGCUUGUAAACUAGCAAAAACGUAUCAAACAAAACAGUGUAUUCAUAGUUUUAUGAAAGAGGAAACUCUUCAAGUUAAGAAUGAUCUGUAAUAGUCUUAUUUUUUACUUGAAAGGAAAGUUUUUUACCCACUAGACAAGAAAUUGUUCUCAUAGA